AUGCUGAGCGACAAUCGAAUGCGAGCGAGCCUCCAGGUGGCUCCCCUGGAGCUCACAAAGUCUCGGCCUGAAGACGCCAGUAAUGGCUCUUCUUCGCACGACCAGACGCCAAAAGGCGAUUCAAACUUGGACGCUUCACGUCUUGGCUCCCAAAUGACGCCACCUGUGACUCCCUAUGGCUCGCAAGAGGAUCUGUCCACUCGGCCAGAGUCCCAUAUACCGCCUGUCUUCCACAACUUCCUCCGCGCCUUUUAUCCCUUUGAGCCUACUCUCGCAAUGAGUGAUUCUAGCGUCACCCUGCCACUGGAUGAGGGAGAUGUUGUUCUAGUUCACUCGAUUCACACCAAUGGCUGGGCAGAUGGAACGCUGCUGGCGUCAGGCGCCAGGGGGUGGCUUCCAACCAACUAUUCACUGCUUAAUUUUUGGGACCUAUUACGUAUUACAACGAUUGACGAAGGGCACAUGUUUCAGAGCCAAGAUUUUAUGAAGGGCCUGAUUGGCGGAGUGCGAUACUUACUGGAGCGUACUCAAUGCCUAAGUCGAGAAUCCACUCUCAUUGAGCGAUGCGAGCCUUUACGGAGAUGUCGCAAGUCGCUGUUAUCAGAACUUUCCUCCCUCGUGAAAACGGCAAAGCGCCUCCAGGAACUUCAACUGGUGGCAUUGGAUUUCCCCGAAGAGAUCAAUGACGUCGUAGACCAAAUGAUUUUGAAGGCCUUCAAAAUUGUCACCAAAGGAGUGCGGUUUCUCGACGUCAUGGACGAUGAUAAGCGAGCUCACAUUUCAUUAACGACGACUCUGGCGCCAGUGAUUGAGGAAACGUGCGUUCCGCCUACACCUCCCGCUGAUAGGGCUGUGUUUGGCGAGCAGACACGGACGGCUACGGAUGACCGUGCUUCUGCCGCUGCAACUGCUGGAGACGCCGUCUCCCAUACAUCCACAGAGACGGGAACUCUAAGUCGACCAGCCCAAGGCAACCACUGGAGUAAGCGACUAUCGUCCCUGAGUGCCCAGGUUGGCACCAACUCCCGCCGGCACUCUCAAGUUAGCAUGAACCGACUCUCUGCAAAUAUGGCCCACCGACUGUCACUGGCUGGACCAUCACCCCUUUCCCGUCCUCACCAUUUAGUAUCCGAGCGUCUCAGCAAAAACCAUGAUACAUUCCUCUCCCAUCUUGGCUCAUUUAUUGGGCGUCUGCACUUGCAAUCUCAGUCACGGCCUGAGCUUACAACUGCUAUCAAGCUGUCUGCCACAUCUGGAGGAGAACUCCUGGCCGUUGUCGACGCUGUUUCUGCGCAAAGCAGCUCCAUGAUUGGCGCAUUAGUAACGUCAAGGGAAUCCCUGCUUGAGCGUAUCCAGGAGCUUGUAUUUGCUGCUCGAGAUACUCUAGCGAACGCGGAGACAGAGGGAGCGGAUAUCAUUAUGCCACAAGACAACAAAAUUAUGCUAAUGUCGGCAACAAGCUGUGUGCGAGCAGCUGGUGAAUGCGUUGCCAUAACCAAGGGCGUAAUUGAGAGAACAGGAGACUUUGAACUCGAGUCUGAUGGCAACGCCCUGCAACUGGAUUUGAGUAUUCUCGAUGCGACUACAACACGUUCGAGAACCCCAUCAUUGGCGGAGAGAUCUGAGGUUGCUAGCGUUGCUGGCUCUGCUCAUACUACGAGUGACUCAAUAAGCUCUUCCAUUAGACGGCCAAGCGUAGUGGCACUUGACAAGCCGCUGCCCCGAGUCCCUGACAGCCAGCCUGACGAAGAGUCCACUCCCCAGAAUCAAUCUCCCAAGACGUCCCGGCCCUCUUCGGUAGCAGAAGAAACUGUAUCCAGCCCAGCAUCUUCUGCCACAUCUAUUGGCCGAACACUCCCCCAACUACCAAAGCUUACCACUACUCCUAUGCCCAGAGAGCAUCAGAGCACAAUCGAAAGCAGCUCUGCCCGGGACCAGGAUCCCCAUUCCUCCUUUGAUAGCAUGGCUGGUUCCAGUGCUGGAAGCAGCACAACAUACAUGAGCCGGGACUCAGAAGUCAGCUUGGUGUCUCAGACCUCGACACGCGCCACUACUCCCGAUCAUACAAUGGUUCCCCGGAGCCAACCUUCUAUAUCUGAGCUGAGCACUACGGGAAGCUCCAUUCACUCGAUUCCCACCGAGGAAGCUGAUGAAGCUGAAUCCAAACUGUUAAUGAAGACGUAUGCACAUGAGUUAGUUUUCAACAAAGAAGGUCAAGUGACAGGUGGUACGCUCCCGGCAUUGGUCGAACGGUUGACCACACAUGAGGCAACUCCCGAUGCCACAUUCGUUUCAACAUUUUUCCUGACCUUCAGGCUAUUUUGCACCCCCGUGCAGUUGACGGAGGCGCUCAUCGAUCGAUUCGAAUACGCAGAGGAAUCACCACAAACCUCAGGCCCCGUCCGCCUGCGAGUAUAUAAUGCUUUCAAGGGCUGGCUUGAAUCGCACUGGCGUGAUAACGCUGACCGUGAAGCACUGGCGAUUAUCAUCCCCUUUGCAGAGGAUCGGCUGAAUGCCGUCUUACCAUCUGCCGGCUCCCGACUGCUGGAACUGGCUAAUCGUGUGUCGGGCGAAGGCGCGCUGGGUCAGCAGAACAUGCUGCAGUCGUUCAAAUCUGGCAGCGCUUCGCCAACCAUACUCGACUUUGAUCCGCUGGAGCUCGCUCGUCAGUUGACCAUUAUGCAGAUGAACAUUUUCUGCUCCAUCUUACCUGAAGAGCUUUUGGCCUCUCAGUGGAUGAAAAAGGGCGGAGUCAAUGCUCCCAACGUCAAAGCCAUGUCCUCCCUAUCUACUGACUUAUCAAACAUGGUUGCCGAAACGAUUCUUCAUCAUACAGAACUCAAGAAGCGUGCGGCCGUCAUCAAGCAGUGGAUCAAGAUUGCACAGCAGUUCCUCGAGCUCAACAAUUACGAUGGCUUGAUGUCCAUCAUCUGCACCCUCAAUAGCAGCACCAUUAGCCGCCUGCGCAAAACCUGGGAUACGAUCUCACAGAAGCGGAAAGACAGCCUCCGCCAGUUACAGGACAUUGUAGAGCCGGGGCAGAACAACAAAGUUCUCCGCGCCAAGCUGCAAAAUCACGUUCCUCCCUGUCUCCCUUUCUUAGGCAUGUAUCUGACUGACUUGACCUUUGUCGAUAUUGGCAAUGCGUCAACAAAGCAAGUAACCGAGGGAGACGGUGUGGAGGGCUUGACUGUUGUCAACUUUGACAAGCACACUCGGACAGCCAAGAUUAUCGGCGAGCUCCAGCGGUUCCAAAUCCCAUACAGGUUGACGGAGCUGCCUGAUAUGCAGGAAUGGCUAUCCGCGCAAUUCCAGCUCAUCCGCGAAGGAGACCAGGGGAAUGUUCAGGUGACAUAUUAUCGAAAGAGUCUCUUGUUGGAGCCUCGCGAAUCAUCGUUGAAACGCGACUCCGAGCCACCGGCUGCAGCUGCGACAUUAGCAGCCCCCUCUACCUCUACUCGAACCGAUCUUUUUGGCUGGAUGACGCGCAGUGGACAGAGCUCGACGCCUUCAUAA